AUGGCUGGCGCUCGGCUGGAAGGGGGGCUCGCCGCGGGCCGCCGCUCCUGGGCUCGCCUCCCUGGAAGGCGCCGCUGCCAGCCGUCUCCAAAGCCGCCCGGUGCCCAGGCGCCGCGUGCCGCGCUGUCUCCUCCCGCCUCGCCGGUGAAGUGUACCCAGGAGACAAAAAUCUCAUGGGAACAGCUCAAGGGCCCGAAGCUACUCAAAUUCCAUAAGCCAGGUGAGAACUACAAGACAGAAGGUUACGUUGUCACGCCCAACACCAUGAGCCUGCUGAAGCGGCAUUUGGAGAUCACAGGCGGACAGGUGCGCACACGCUUCCCACCAGAACCGAACGGCAUCCUGCACAUCGGUCACGCAAAAGCCAUCAAUUUCAACUUUGGCUUUGCCAAGGCCAAUGAUGGGAUCUGCUUCCUGCGCUAUGACGACACAAACCCUGAAAAGGAAGAGGAGAAGUAUUUUACAGCCAUCCGAGACAUAGUGGAGUGGCUAGGAUACACCCCCUACGCAGUGACGCAUGCCUCGGACAACUUCGACCAGUUGUACGCCUGGGGUGUGGAUCUCAUCCGAAGGGGUCAUGCUUAUGUGUGCCACCAGAAGGUGGAAGAAAUCAAAGGACGUAACCCACCCCCUUCUCCGUGGCGGGACAGGCCAGUAGAGGAGUCGCUUCUGCUUUUUGAGGACAUGCGCAAAGGGAAGUUUGCGGAGGGCGAGGCCACGCUGCGCAUGAAGCUGGUGAUGGAAGAUGGAAAGAUGGACCCUGUAGCUUACCGCAUCAAGUACACCCCCCACCACCGCAGUGGAGAUAAGUGGUAUGUGCUGGUUGUUAUCACCCGGCUGGCCAAAUGCCUGGCGGAACAGGUCCCUUUUUACAGGCCCUCCGGAAACUUUGCGCAACUCGCGCAGGGCCUCUAA